CUCGACCGCACUCCCAGCCGGCGGCGCGCACUCUCUCUCUCCCCCCUACUCCGCCGCGCUGGUGGCGCCGCCUCGACCCCAACUGCGGCGGCUGUCUCCACCCCCUCCGGUUGGCAGCGCCCGCGGCCACCGCCACUAACUACGCGCCUGCCGCCGCCGCCGCCAAGGCCUUUGACAGAAUAUGGGGCACAGCGACGGCGACCACGGUAGCGACCUCUCCGCCGACGAUUCCCCGUGGAGCGAGGGGAGCUGGUCCGACGACGAUGACGAGGGAUCGCUAUCCUUCGAGGACAGCGGCGAAGGCUCCGACGCCGAGUCCGACGAACCGGAUGCCCCGGCGGUGGAGGAGAGCGACUCUUCUGAGGACGAGGUGGCGCCACGGAAUACGAUAGGAGAUGUGCCGUUGGAAUGGUACAAGAACGAGGAGCACAUCGGCUAUGACAUCACUGGUAGUAAGAUCAAGAAGCGGGAUAGGGAGGGCCGAAUUGAGGCCUACCUCAGGAAUGCUGAUGAUGCUAAGAAUUGGAGAAAGAUCUAUGACGAGUAUAAUGAUGAAGAGGUGCAGAUUACCAAGGAAGAGGCUAAGAUAAUUAGUAGAUUGCUGAAGGGAAAGACUCCACACACAAAUGUGGAUCCAUAUCCAGAUUAUGUUGAUUGGUUUGAAUAUGAUGGUAAAGGCCAUCCACUUUCUAGUGCUCCGGAGCCAAAGAGGCGAUUUGUACCCUCGAGGUGGGAACAGAAGAAGGUUGUUAAACUUGUUAGAGCCAUUCGUAAAGGAUGGAUAAAGUUUGAUAAGCCAAAGGAGGAACCUAACUUUUAUCUCUUGUGGGGAGAUGAAACUGAUACAGCAGACAAUAAGCGGCAAGGCCUGAGCUACAUUCCUGCACCCAAACCAAAUUUGCCAGGUCAUGAAGAGUCAUAUAAUCCUUCUGUUGAAUACAUUCCAACACAAGAGGAGAUAGAUUCAUAUCAGCUUAUGUAUGAGGAGGACAGGCCAAAGUUUAUUCCACGAAAAUUUGAUUGUCUUAGAAGUGUACCUGCAUAUGAGAAGGCACUUAGGGAAGGCUUUGAUCGGUGUCUAGAUCUUUAUCUCUGCCCUAGAACACGCAAGAAGCGUAUAAACAUUGAUCCUGAGUCACUCAAGCCAAAGUUACCCAGUAAAAAGGAUUUGAGGCCAUACCCAAGAACAUGUUACCUUGAGUUCAAGGGGCAUAAUGGUCCAGUGAAGUCUCUUUCAGUUGAAGCAACUGGGCAAUGGAUAGCAUCUGGUUCAUCUGAUGGAACAAUUCGUGUUUGGGAGGUUGAAACUGGUCGCUGCAUUAAGGUUUGGAAUGUUGGUGGUGUUGUUCACCGUAUUGCCUGGAAUCCUUCACCUGAUAGACACAUUCUUGCUGCUGUUGUAGACCAUGAUCUGCUGCUUCUUAAUGCUGAGGUUGGGGAUGAAGACGCUCAAAUGAAGACAAAAGGGCUCCUCCAAAUCGAGGAACUGGCUCAGGAAGAGGAUAAUGGUGAUAAGAAACCAGCUGUCAAGUGGGUCAAGCAUGAAAAAUUUGAUGGAAUCAUGUUGAUUCAUCAUAAGGCUGUGUCAACUGUAGAGUGGCAUUUCAAGGGAGACUAUUUCACCACAGUUGUGCCAAGUGGUGAUUCAAGAGCUGUACUGUUGCAUCAGCUCUCUAAGAAGCAUUCGCAUCAUCCUUUCCGUAAAUUGCCAGGCCUUCCUAUUGCAGCAGUGUUUCAUCCAAGUCAAAAGAUGUUCUUUGUGGCCACUAAGAAAUUUGUUCAGGUUUAUGAUCUCCAGAAGGCACAGUUAGUCAAGAAGUUGGAGUCAGGUGUUCGUGAGAUUUCCUCCAUCUCGAUACAUCCUGGUGGUGAUAAUGUUAUCGUGGGCAGCAAAGAUGGUAAAUUGUGUUGGUUCGAUACUGAUCUAUCCACGCGACCAUACAAGACAUUAAAGAACCACUCGAAGGAUAUCACUAAUGUUACUUUUCACCGGAAAUAUCCUCUUUUUGCCUCAUCCUCAGAGGAUUGUACGGCCUAUGUAUUCCAUGGAAUGGUCUAUUCAGAUCUUAACCAAAACCCACUUAUUGUACCAUUGGAAAUUCUUCGUGGUCAUUCAAGUUCAGAUGGAAGAGGAGUUCUGGAUUGCAAAUUCCACCCAAGACAGCCUUGGUUGUUCACUGCUGGUGCUGACUCUGUCGUUAGGCUUUAUUGCGACUAAAGGUGCUUUCGAAAAAAAAAACAAUAGAUGGUUUUACAAGGCAAUGCAAUAUGUCUGGUCUUUCUACGGGCUCGUAUACGAUGAUGGAUGGUGUAUCAUGCCAAACACUUAACUGGAGCCAGGGCACGUGUUGAGCCAUCUGUGCUGCCUAAAUUUUGGUUCAAAUUAUUUGUACCCUAUUGUUAUUUUAGUUCUGUAGUAACAGUGAGACAUGCAGAGUGUUCCAGAAUCGUGGCAAAGGUAGGUGUGUACUAGGAUAAACAGAUAAGGAACACCGAGCUAAUCUAUGCUAUUCCAAAAGAGGUUUUGUGCUGUCACAAGCUUUUGUGGUCUCUGAAGCUGAACUGAACUAAAAAAGUAGUGAUAUUGGAAGCUUGAGUUCGACCCAACUUAGGUGAGUUAUAGUGUUCUUCAGUUUGCUAAUGGUUUUUUAUGUGUUCUACAUGCUCUGUAACCGAGCCUGCAGAGAGCCUUGUGGAAUGCUCAUUGUCUCAUUGUAACAAUAUGAUGAUCUCAGGAUUAGUGUCUGCGUACGCUUCUAGCUCUGGCCAUUUACUUCUUCUAGAACCUUCUACAUUCUUCUCUUCGCACUGCAAAUUCUAAGCGAGUGAAAUGGUCGGUCAGCACAUAAGUAGGGUUCGUAGAAUGAUGGAAAUUUAUGUGCAUGUACAAUUUGGCCGUAGAAGAAAGAAUACAACGGUUAUAAGCAAGGGAUUAUCAAGUCCACGAGGAAGAAGCAGAGGCAGGCAAAUUACAUAGUAUUAUACGGAUUAUAAAGAAGAAACCACCACCAUUACACUAAUACACACAAAGCUCGAUCAAGCAGCUUAAUUAAUUUCUUCCACAUGUACGACAUGCAUCCUCUCCUCACUCCGUGAUCAAUUUAAGAUGAUUCUUUGCAGCUCCAGCUCGACGACGAUCCAUCCGAAUUAAAAUCAUUUGACCUCCUGGAUCUCGUCCAGGGCGUAGUUGUUGGUCGACACGCCGGCGUAGUUCACCUUGGCGAACCGAACCACCACCGGGUAGCGAGUGUUGG